AUGGCCACGGCCGAGCGAUCCAAGGCCGAGGAACCCAAAGAUGACGAAUGGAUUCACGUUAAAUCCAAGUCCCGGCUCCGGCGAAGCGCCCCCAAGCUACCUGUCAAGGGUCCUGGCGCAAUCUCCAAGCCUACUGAACCCCGCAGCCACAAGUCAGUCAUCGACAUAACGGCCGAGUACGACUCCUUCAAGUCCAAGUGGCGCGAAACAAACUGCUGCCUUAGUUUGAAGAAGCUGGUGAGGGACUAUUACGAAGGCCAUCGGAGAGUUCGCAAGGCGGUGUGUCUCGGUGUGGGCACGUUUGAUCCUGAGGACGGAGGCUGGGACGCAAAGAGGAGGAGUUAUAUCCAGCUCGACGCCUUUUUGACCGUCGUCGAGGUUUUGUCCGAAUUGUGUAAAGAGUCGAUCUCGUGCUCCUUCCAGGAACCUCGCUUCACUCCCAAUGACAGAGCAUUUCUUACCAGUCUUGGUCAUGAAGUUGUCGAGUCCCCUGCUGCAUUCGAAGCCGUGGAUGAAGAGACGCUGGUAUUUGCGGUACACAUGUACCGGCCAAUAUAUGAGGCGACGCUCGAGAAGGCCAUGCCUGCCAUGUUUGUCGGGACAGGAUGGGAUGUUUGGGAUGAAUUUGCCACGAUGAAGGAUGAUGAGUUCAAGUGCAUGAGUGACAUGCAUGCCUCGCAUAAGCACUUUCGCUUCCCACAGGAUGGUACAUACACAACAUUCUCAAGCACGUGUGUGUACUGGCGGCCAAAAGCCGAGACUGUCGUUCAACACGAGACUUCGGCCGGCGAGAAAGAUGCAUCGCCACCUCAAGAAGUUGUCACAACUGUCGUCCCUGGGACAAGUACCCAGAUAGAGGAAAAUUCACCAAUUCCUCCAAACAGAGAGUAG